AUUUCCGAACCGAGUGUAGCCAAAUAGCCGUUCCAGUACUUUGUUUACGUCUCGUUGGUUAGCUGACAGCUGUUGUAGCUUGUUACCUGCCCAAAACAGAUGCCUUGAGCCUUUCAAACUCGAAGCCGGGUGUCCGUGGAUGCUGACCAUGGACUGUUUUGUUGAUUGAGUGCGAGCCGCUCGGAUGCCGACAGGAGGAUGAGCUCCAUCACCGGUCGGGUUCUCGCCUCUGUUACCAACUCUGGAGCUUCAUCAUCCCGAGCCUUGCACGUCGAGCUCACAUCCCAGCAGAGACGAUUGCGUCAUCUGCGGAGCAUUGCAGCAAGAAACAUCGUCAACAAAAAUGGUUCCCCACUACUGGACACAUACUUCACCCUCCAUCUCUGUAUAGGAGAUCGCAUCUCUAGUGAUUUUUACAAGAGCGAAGUCAUAUGUGACUCACUGAAUCCUACUUGGAGGAGUCUGGACUUUGGCAUGUUGCCGGACCUUCUGGACACCUCAGUGUCUUGCUUCGUGGUAAGGAUCUGGGGAGGACAGGAGGAACAGUACCAGCUCCUCAUAGAAUGGAAGGUUAAUCUGGAUGGCCUCAGAUACACAGGACAGCAGAUUCGAUCGAGGAACACAAAUGAGAUCAUAUUCGGGUUGAAUGAUGGCUACUAUGCGGCUGACUUUGAUCACAAGGAUCAUUCGGAGCGGAAGAAAAAUAGUCUACUUCACGUUGACCAGAGCUCGGUCAGAAAUUCCUACAGUGUUUUCUCUUUGCUCAGGCUCCACACAGCCCAAAGAGCCAUCAAACAGACCCAAGUUACAGUGCAGAAGAUUGGGAAGGAGAUUGAGGAGAAGCUGAGAACCACAGCAAUGUGCACCGUGCGGAAAAAAGAGCGGGAGUGUAUGCAGCUGCGUUUAGCAGUGCUUCGGAGUGAACUGCAGCGGCAAAGGAAGGCUCUUGGCAGAGAAAUAGAUGUGCGGCAGAAAGACAUGGCGCAGCAUCAGAAAAAAGAGGAAGUGUAUGCUACUCAACAUGAAAGUCUGAAAGAUGAGAGAGAAUCCUUAACCAUGCUGCAUAAGGAAUGUACUGCCAAGAGAGAGCAGUUCCUGAAGUUCAGUGCCCAGCUCACGUUUCGCUGCCGCCAGCUUCUCUCUGAGCUUUCCUACAUUUAUCCCAUCGAUGUGGCAAAUCCAUCAGAUUACGUUAUCUGCGGAGUGAAGCUGCCAAAUUCUGAAGACUUUCAAGCAAAGGAUGAUGGGAGUGUGGCAGUUGCCCUGGGCUAUACGGCACACUUGGUCAUGAUGAUCUCGUGCUUCCUGCAGAUCCCGCUUAGGUAUCCAGUCAUCCACAAGGGUUCACGCUCCUCAAUCAAAGACACAAUCACAGACAGACUCACUGAGAAGGAGAGAGAAUUCCCUUUGUACCCCCGAGGAGAGCGAUUUCAUUUUGAAUAUGGUGUCUACUUGCUCAACAAGAACAUCGCUCAGCUGAGAUAUCAACAUGGCUUGACCACCCCAGACCUGCAGCAAACACUUCCCAACCUGAAGAACUUUCUGGAACAUGGCUUGCUUGUCCGAUGUGACCGACACCAUGUUUCUAGCUCCAUCCCAGUGCCCGUCAAGUCUCACCUUGGGGUGCCUACCGCCUCGGAAGUUACCUACCCACGGCACACCAGCUCCCCAGACCAGGGCCUGAGGAAGAGAGCGAGCUCUGAGGCUGACAAGUACAAGACAAAUCCUCCGCCCAGUUAUGGCACAGCCGUGGGGGAGGAGCCAACCACGAUAGCCCAAACGAUGCAAUCAUCUCCAUCUAAACUGUUGUCUUCCUCCCUGGACGCCACCAUGGCCUCACUUGACCUCACAGACCCCACUGAGGUGAAGGCGGAUGGAGAAGAGAUGGAGUGUCGAGAAGACGCCGGCGAGGUGGAGACACGCAGCAGCACUGACAAAGAGGUGGAAGUCAGCAAAGAUCAGACUGAAGAGCAAACACCCUGUAGUAUAGCUAGCUCUUCCACGCUGAGGGACACCGGUGAGGAUCCAAGUGAGCACUCAGGCGUCAUGAACGGCACUUUGGUACCGGGACAGGUAACAGGUCUGAUUCCUGGUCCCAGUCAGUGCUGCUCAGUGGAGCAAGCAGAAGAGAUCAUGGGGACCGAGGCCACCAACCUCGGCCUGGGAAUGGGACUACGGGUGGGCUUAGAGCUUGCGGAGGAGACCAGGUUGGAAGACUACCGCUGCAUCCCCGUAGACCAAGCGGUAGCUGUGGAAUGUGACGAGCAGGUGCUGGGGGAGCUGGACGUCGCUGGCUUCGAAGAGUUCUCCAGACGCAUCUACGCGCUGAAUGAGAACAUGUCCAGCUUCCGUCGACCGCGUAAAAACUCAGACAAGUGAGGCAGAUGACUGGAGGAGACAGGCAGACAUAAGAAGAAAAAAAACUUGCACAAGGAUUUUGAUCAGAAAUAAGGCAGGGAUGUAAAGUGAGAGGACAAGAGUGGAGCUAUUCUGGAGUAAUGACCAAUUUGCACAUACAUCUAAAUUUCCACAGCAUAUUUUAAAAUGAAAUGCAGUGCAAGUGCAAGUAUCGGGACAGUUGAUUUGUAUUUAUUGAAGCAGCCAUUAAUAUAUUUUAACAAUGGAUCCAAUAAUACAGAUAACCCAAUAAAUUUUGUAUUAUUCAUAAAAUAAUUAGACCUCAAUAUUAAACAUCUUCUCUGAACUAGUCCUCAACUUUAAAAAAAAAAAAAAAAAAACACCAAACAAAACACCUUCCACAUCUUGUGAACAAUAAACAUGCACUCAUCCAGUAACCUUAACUAUUAUUAGAAGAUGCAAUCGCAAACAAUGUUUCACGACAGAACCUCACAAUCUACUUUUCAUACUAACAUACCUCAGGUUUAGCCUCCACCAACAGGUUUUUGCUUGCUUCACUGUUAUUACUCUUGAAUGGUCAACUCAUCGGCACAUAGUCAUUGCUGCAGGACUGAUCUCAGUCCAACAGCUGUGUCCGCUAGUGAUGGGCAUAGUAAUCCAUGAAUUGAUCUUUCGGAAGGUGGUCAGUCAUGUGCAAUUGCGACAAACGAGCGCAUUGCAUGGCUGCAACCCGCAAAGCAUUAUUCCACUUAAUAUCACGCUGGCAUGGAAACAGCAGUUCAGAACAUUUAGAAGUUUCAACCAACCAAAAUAAAAUAUCCCCCCAAAAAAUGAAAAAAAUCACAAUUGAAUAUAGUUGAUCAAAAACAUUUGGUAAAAUGCCCAUCUCGAGUGUCCACCUUACACUGGCAUAGUAAUUCUACCAGUGACCAUACAUGCUAAUGUUAAGACGCUUGCCAAGCCUUGCAUGGCAGUGGUGAUAGGUGUUUUAGAUGUGUGCAUGCCAGGUAGUGGGAGUCAAUUCAUUGCACAGUCACACAAAUCACUCUUCCGCCUAAUGACCUUUGAACCAUCACGAAAGGGAGGUGGUGACUGGAACCCAAGGAAUUCACCCUCAUCCCUGUCGACAUGGCAACCUGCCCGCUGAUGACAUUACUGGACCAUCAUGAUUGUUUUUUUUAAAUGUUAUUCUUCCCCAUUGUUGACAUUGAUAUUGAAAUACACUGAUUAUCAUAUUUAGUAGACCCUAAAUGUUGUGGUUGGACAUGUCUGUAAUCGGUUGGAAUAUCUCACUAAGGCUGUAAUGCAAGUGUGAUAUUAACUAUUUCAAUUCACUCAUCUGGGAUUUUCUCUCCUUGAUCUGAAUGCUUUCUUGCGCUGGUAUUCAGGAAAAAAAAAAAAAAAGUCAAUUUAUUUAUGUCCCCCAAAUAUUUUAUUUUUUCAGAUAAACUAAAUAUUCUGUGUUAUAGCCCCUAAGUUAAAACAAAUGUAUAUUAAAUUAUGUCACAACCAGUGUGUUUGUCCUGAUGUGGACAUCUGCAGUUUAAAGAUUCUUCGCUGGCAGCCCACAUUUAUUUCAGCUCCAGUCAUUGUCCUUCUGGAUUUUAUUGUACGUAAACUCACAAGAUGAACCCUAUUAAGAUACCUUCCAUAAACUGCAAGAAGGUUCAGUAAGUAACCGUGUACAUAUACUUUUGUAUGGCUUUCUUUUUUUGUUAUUAAAGCCUUGCAAUCCAAUGGUGUGUGAUUCUCUUUU